UGAUAAAACCAAAGCCGAAGAGCCUUAAAGGCCCCUUCACUGUCUCGUACAAAUCGUCUUCUCAGCAACUUUCUUUCACUUUUAACAAACCAUACAUCAGCUUACAGACAUCAAGCCGACUUCUUUUGUGCUUUCAUUUUUCCCAUUUCCAUGUCAACUUCCUCAAGAUAAACUAUUGUUCGUUUAUAGUCGGUCGUUUUAUAGCUUAUUCAAUUUUCUUUGGACAUCCAGCCCUGCUCCAAGAUGUCUGCCGGAAUCUUUGCAGCUCCACUCGCUGGUUCUGGCUAUGUUGGCUUGAAAACCAAUGUUCCAAAGCUGCUCCCAUCUAACGAUUCCUUUGCAUGGAGCCGGAAAACUGUUUCCAAUGGUUUAAGAAUUCACUGCAUGAAGUUACUGUGAUGAGAACAUGGAAUCCAAUCAAUAACAAGAAGUUUGAGACGCUUUCUUACCUUCCACCUCUCUCAGAUGACUCGAUUGCAAAGGAAAUUGACUACAUGCUGAAAAAGGGGUGGAUUCCUUGUCUUGAAUUUGAUGAGGUGGGGACUGUCCACAGGGAAAAUAGCAGAAUUCCAGGGUACUAUGACGGGAGGUAUUGGACACUCUGGAAGCUGCCAAUGUUUGGAUGCAGCGACUCCUCUCAAGUCCUGAAUGAAAUUCAGGAAUGCAAGAAGGCAUACCCAAAUGCGUAUAUCCGCUGCCUGGCAUUUGACAAUAAGCAUCAGGUUCAGUGCAUGGCUUUUGUCAUUCAAAAACCGACAACCACCAGCAGCAACACCUAAAGCAUAAAUGGGGUUUUCCCAUCAUCUCCUCUCCUUUCUUUUACAGCUUUUCGUCGACUUCCCUUUUAUUAAUAUAUAAUUAAUAUAUGAUCCCUCUUUUUCUGCCAAUAAGAUGAAUGUUAAAAAGUGGGGUUGUUUUGUUGAGGUACUAUUUCUGAUAUGCUUUUAUAUUAUUAUUGUUAUGUA